AUGAACCAAAAUCAGAACACCGCUGAAGUCGCACAUCAUGAGGGCCCCUUGGUGAUGACCAGUCGACUGACUGCCGGGGAUGCGGACCACAUAGAACUAUCCGUGGAUCUUGACGUGGGCCUUUUCUUGCGAAAAUGGCUAAGCAAAAUCGGUGAUGCAGAAAUGGAAAAUUUGGACAUACCACGGAACAAGCGGAGCUCCCUGCGACGUUCUAUUCGUGAACACAUAACUGAGUCAAACAAGCGGCACGAAUGCACUGUCGUAGAAGUUCCCGAGAUGCCCCUGCGGCGACGGUCCUCACGGGUUUCACUCAACUUAGCAAGAGGGCUUCAUCAGAAUGAUGAAGACUUCCGUCGUUCGAGAGAUACCCUUUCCGGCAACCAAACUCGACGGGGUUCGGAGUGCCUGCGACCCUGGACCUCGAUGCCAGAUGAGGAGGCUCCGCUACUACCGGGCGACUUCAGCAACGAUAGUACGCUGUUUUCCAACCUCAUACAUCACGCGGUGGAAGCCGAGACCCUCCGACUUACCGCCACCUGCGAGCUCUCCUACCUGCUUCCUCUCUUAGACCCGUCUGUAGCAGUCGGCAAGGGGCAGUUCACCGCGGUUUCAAAUGUUGGCGAUUUAAAAUACCUCCGUCAGAUAUGUAAAGAGGCCGAAGUGGUGGCGGCGGGUUCACCGCCACACUGCGAGUCUUUUGACAUUGAGGGUCCCACUGAGGCUGACCCGCUGUCAGUGUCAGACAGGGAGGAGAGACUGGCAGCUCCCGUUCGCAGUUGGACACCCAUCGCUCACAAGGAGGCCACUACUGUGACACUUCAGGUGGAUGUCGAAGAGGCUGAAAGUCUUGCCCUGCCCUACGAAGUCUGCAACUUGGAGGCCGAAGUGUACGAGUACGACUUUUUCCUGCCCGUGACCGACCCUGUCCCCCUAUCCUGGUCACCACCACCGGUACUGGCUACCAGGGAGGCAGUUCUCUCGAAUCCUGCACCAGGCCGCCAGGGCGAGACCCAGCUAACAGCGUCUGCGGCGACUGUGCACCAUCGAAAGACUCUCUCGAUGGGACCAAGGCAGGGCAGGACAGCGGAGAAACAGGAGGACAACCACAUGUGUGUGUCGAAGCCUAGAAGAGCAGCGCCAGAGGACAGUUUGACAACAGACGACACUAUGGGGUCCUCAAACGAGCUGUUACCGGACGAUUGUCAAGACGGCCAAUGGCCAUCCACACCUGCCUUGCAGCAAAAUUCAGCAUGCAUACAGGACAUUUCGCUGUCACGUGCCGACGAGAAGAAACAGCCGGGCGUGAAGGAAGAAAGCCUAUCAGACCAGAACACCCAUAUAGGUGUAAGCUCUACAGAUGAGACCUCAGGCAAUGAGGGACCGAUGAAUGAUGUUAUCCUGCGCAAAACAUCGGGACUCCCUUCGCAACAAAAAGAAAGUCGUGCAUCCUCUUCGAAAACCGGUGAGAACUCUGACACCAGCACUGUUGCUGAGGCGGGCACUUAUGCCGAAUCGCAGUCGGAUUCUCCCAACAACAGGCCUCAUUUACCGAAAAUCGAACCCAAAAGCGAAAGUCAAAAGUCAGAAGUCUGUGCUCGCUCCUACACACGCUCAGUCAGGCGAGCCACCCUGCGACGCAUCGAACAGGAGCUGGAGGUUAGUUUUUCUUCUUCCAGUGAAAGCAACAAUAGCACCGGCUUUGCCAGUCUGCAGCGCCAUCAGCGGCCACGGUUGCCCGGACGGCGAGAUGAGCGGCGUGGCCAAAGAAAGCCUUCCGAUAGCUCAGAGUCAUCCUCCAGCACC